AUGUCUGGUCUGGACAUGGGGGGCUCGGUGGUGGGGGGCCAAGGGGGGAUGAAGGACGUGGGGGGGCAGCAGUCCCGCUUCAAAUGGAUGAUGGAGGGUCACUCUCCUGCCCCCUCCCCUCCUGAGAGCCUUCACAAAAACGGUGAGACAGAAAGCCAUUAUACUGUAGUGAGUUUACUGAAUUAAUUACAGUAUGACAUGCCAACAUAAAUAUGUUGAUUGUCGACCCGUCAGCUGCUUUUUCAUCAGACUUUAUUUUUCUUCUCUUUCUUCAUCUCACUCUCUCCUCUAUCUCUCUUAUUGUCUUCUCUUCUCCAUCUCUUUCCAUCCCCCUCUCCCUUUCAGGUCCUAUGUCCACCCCUAUGAGGAGAGGGGGCUCUCCAUACUCCCAGUAUGACAUGAUGGGAGGGGAGGGGCUAGGUAUGCCCACACAGGGGGACAACUGGCACCGUACUCCUGGGAACAAGAUUGGCUCCAAGCCACAAGGCACGUCCAGCUGGCCUCCUGGUGAGUGGCCGUUCUAAAUACCAACUGAAAAUGCAGGGAUUUGUUCUAGCCCACCACUAACACACCUGAAUUGAUCAAAUCCCCUGAAUCCUUUAGUGUUGGGCUGGAGCAGAAGCCUGCAACACCCUGUAGCUCUCUGUGACCUGGGUUAAGUCGAUGAGGUGGCUUCUAUUUGUUCUGAAAUUUGAAUCCAGAAUUCCUGUUUGUUUGUCUGUGAUGUCAGAGUUCCAGCCCGGCGUGCCCUGGAAGGGGAUCCAGAGCAUCGACCCCGAGUCUGAUCCCUACAUGACCCCAGGGAGCAUGAUGGGAAUCCCUGGGCCGUCCAGCCUCAACGACACAGAGCACCAGUUGCUAAGAGACAACACAGGUACCUACCUAGACUCAAGCAAAGUUACUCCUGUAUCUAUGACGAAGUCCACAUUCCGAGCACUAGUUGCUAAGAGACUGGCUGACCUGACAUGACUUAUUACUUAACAGUAACACAUUACAUAAGUGUAUUGUUAUAUUGUCAGCCCUCGCGUUCUCACAUAAAGUCAAGGAAACUAGCACAUACUACUGAAAUCAUACCCAUCAAUACAUGCACCAGUCAGUUAAACAUCAGGUUGUGUUAAUAAUACAUAUUUCUAAUGGUGUGUUGAUGCUAGCUAAGCUUGUGGUGUUUGUGUGUUCCAGAACCCAACCCCUCCCUGAACACCUUGCUGCCUUCACCUGGUGCCUGGCCCUACAGUGCCUCAGACAGCCCCCUCAACAACGCACACAACUCAGGUAACAGACUGGAAAACACUCACAGUAACACUGUUAAUGUGUUUUGUAUGAUUUAUGACUGUAUUAUGAAGUCAUAAGGUGCCUUUCACCGAAAGUGUUAUCACGGUCACUUAAUAUUCUCCUGGCAUUCGAAAUUGACUGUUUCUCUGCUUUUUUCACUCAUAUUCUCUCUCCCUUUUUUACUGUCUCAGCUGUUGUAUCAUUCAGUAUAUCAAGUUUAAACUCUGUCUUGGUUUAGUUUUUCUGUAUGUUCCGUCCUCCACGUGUGCUGUUAUAACAGAUGCAGUUCUGACUCUAGUUCAUUUCCUGUUUCUCACAGCAAAGUACACAGAGUACAAGACCAGCUGGCCCCCUGAGCCCAUUGGACACAACAAGAUGUGGAAGACCAAUCGCAACCAACAGUCCCAGCAGCUGCCACGCCCACCCCCGGGACUCACCAAUCAGAAGCAGGCCUCGCCGUCCCGUGGCCCGUGGCAGGCCCGUGGCUGGGGCAGCUCGAGUGGGAUCCAGGAAAGCAGAUAUGGCCCCGGUAAUGUCAUAACCCGGUGUUGUGGAGAAUAGAGGGGUCUGUGAUUCUGAGUCUUUCUACUGUUCUGUGCUGCCCUGCUGCAUGGUGAAGUAUUCAACAGACUAAAUGUACCCGUGAUGUCCCUUGCCUUGAUCUGAUGCACCAUCCAAAAUGGCACCCUAUUCCCUAUGGGCACUGGUCAAUACUAGUGCACUAUAAAGGAAAACGGUGCCAUUUGGGACACAGCCCCAGAGAAAUUACAUAGCUAAGUGGUUAGGACUUAGAGACGAUUUAUAUUUUAUUCUGGGUGCUCCAAACUUAAAGUACUGUAGGGCUUAUUUAUCAUUCAUUGCUCCAGAGCUACCUGCCGCAAGUACAGAGGUAGUGGUUGUCUAAUAUUUGGAACUGAUCCCUAUGUGGUUUGGUUUGGUUCUAGCAGGCUCUGCUUGGAGUGAUGGGGGGACCUCCAGAGGAAGCUGCUGGCUGGUGCUCUGCAACCUCACUCCACAGGUACACACACAUCAUCAAGACUACACACACACACACACACCAUUCCUCAGGACAACAGACACACCCACAUGCAUGUGCACACAAACAUCACUUCUCCUUCACAUAUCCCCUCUACCACACAAGUCAUCCCUAACCCAUGUCCCUCCAUGUUGUCCCCUCCUGCAGAUCGACGGCUCUACCCUCCGUACCAUCUGUAUGCAGCAUGGCCCCCUGCUGACCUUUCACCUCGGCCUGACCCAGGGCAGCGCUCUGAUUCGCUACAGCACCCCACAGGAAGCAGCAAAGGCCCAGAGCGCACUACACAUGUAAGCCCCUCCUCUCAGCCUCAGUGGUAUAGUUUUGUAGAUGAACAGGCACCAGCUCCAUAGAUGGACAGACCAUAGACUGAAAAUCACUGACAUUCCAUGCAAACUGUCUGGUGGGCUUGGAAUGCAGUAAUUUCAUAGCAAUGGGCUGGGGGAAACCUGCUUAGACUUCAUGGCGAUUACUAUAAUAGAAUGUGAACAUUAAUAGAUAAUAGCCGGUGAACACAAAACAAUUAACAUCCAAACACUCCUUACUCUCUCCUCUCUCUCUCCAGGUGUGUCCUGGGCAAUACCACCAUCUUGGCCAAGUUUGUGAGCGAGGAGGAGGUCGCUCGCUAUUUUGCACAUUCCCAGGCGGGAGGGGCAGGGUCCAGCGGAACAGCCGGGGCCCCAGGGUCCAGCGGAGGCAAGGGGGGCCCCACAGGGACAGGCACCAUGGGGGCCAACAGCAGCGGGGAGAGGGAACGAGACAGAACCAGAGAAGGAGAGGGCUCUGCCCCUGGAGGAGGUGGUAACGGAGGGGGAGGCGGCAGCUCGGGGCCCGUCAGCUCUGGCUGGCAGAGUUUAGACGGUACAGGAGGCUCCCUGGAUCCUACCCCCACCCAGGGGCCCGGCCUGAGUAUGUUUGCCCAGUGGAGCAGCAACGGUGCUGGGGGAGGAGGGGUGGCUGGGGGUGUGGAGCCCGGUAGACAGGGUUUGUGGGGAGGGAUGGGGGGUGGAGGGUACCCCAGCAGUAGUAUGUGGGGGUCCCCUGCCAUGGAGGAUCGACACCAGAUGGGGAGUCCUGCUGCUCUGCUGCCUGGAGACCUACUAGGCGGAGGGGCUGACUCUAUCUGA